ACGUCAAUUUAGUAGACUUCUAUAUGUUAGCCCAUCCUUCAGUCGAGUUAACGAGCUGUUGUUUGAGGGUGCUUAAUAAUUUUAAAAGCUUCAUAGGACCGCACCUUUUUAUUUUUUGUUGCGCAGGGCGUUGCAGACACAACCAGGUGAAAUUACAUUGGAUGAAGAUAGACCAAGAAGUGUCGACAAGCCCUUCAGUCGAUGGAGAAAGACCUUGGGCCGUUAUUACGAACGUUUUCCUAGUAUGAGGUGUCUAGCUUGUCGGCGUAAUUCAAAGAUCAUCUCGUGGUCGAAAAAGAGGGAAACAGCUGCUAUGGGAAACCGAAUGGAAAUCAGAGAAAACAUUGACAAUGAUACACCAUCGAUCGAUUGUUGGUCCAAAUUUAAAAAAAGAUGCAGAUGUCUACGUCCCAAGGGAAUUAAAUGUUGUACAAGAAGAGACAGAGUAGCACCGGACGAGCCUAAUCUCUGUUGUCCUCCUGAGAGAAGAUUAUCCGCCCUUUGCCGACGACUUUUUGCCAGCUGUAAAUGUAAAUGUGCGGAUGUACAACGCACAAGAGAUAUACGUGCCAAGCACAGUCUGACCAGCGUCGCACCACCACCACUUUCCGAGGAACCAAAGGAUAAGAUACCUGACGUCUUGGUGGAACACAACUCUUUGAUGCGAGGUGCCAUUCCUUGUUUACCAGUUCCAUUAGCUUGGUUUUGUCUUGUUUGGAAUGUUUUAUUACCUGGUACAGGAACCGUUUGGAGCGGACUUUUUAAUUUUUGCACAGGACAACCAAGAUUUUCAGCCGUGGCUAAUAUUAAAGCAAGAUUCGGUGCAUUUAUCGUUAACCUGAUAGUAGGAGUGAGCCAAUUAUUCACAGUUCUAUUUUGUCUUGUUGGAUGGGGUUGGAGCGUUUGGUGGGGCGUUACGAUGAUUCGUUUGGCAAGAAAGUACAAAAGAUAUAAAGCUUCAGAAGCAGCAAAUGGUGAUCCUGAAGCAAGAACCGGUGAAGGAUCUGGCUUACCACCUGGGGUACCCAGUCAAUCAUUGAGAGGAAUCGAAAGAGCACGUUGAACAAUCGAUUAUUCUUCCUGUUUUUUCUUCCUCCUACGUGAACCGAAAAACGUGAAACGUUCGUUUAUUCGUUCUUUGUAAAAGAUCGACGAAACGGUUAUUCACAUUAGUUUUUUCACAAGACCAUGUUAUCACGAUUUGGUAAGAAUGAUAAGUGAUUUUAUCAUUCGACAUUGUCCUAUUUACGAGGAGACCUUAUCUUACAUAUCAUUCGGAGAUUUUUCAGUAAUUUUUCUUCAAACGAUCAAUUUUUGUACGAGUUGUUACAAAAAAAAAAGCGAACAAGAUAUUCUUUGUACGCAGUCAAAACAUAAAUAAUUGAUGUAUACCAUAUAGAUAUGGGAAUCAUUUGUUUCUGUGACUUACAAGAUUUUCUAAUAUGAU